CCCCAGCUGGAGAGCAAGCGCGACGCCUUCUCCCCCGUCCUGCUCCAGUUCUGCACCGACCCCAAGAACCCCAUCACCGUCAUCCGGGGGCUGGCCGGAUCCCUGCGCCUCAACCUGGGGCUGUUCAGCACCAAGACGCUGGUGGAGGCCAGCGGGGAGCACGCCGUGGAGGUCCGCACCCAGGUGCAACAGCCCUCGGACCAGAACUGGGACCUGUCGGGCACGCAGGUCUGGCCCUGCGAGAGCAGCCGCUCCCACACCACCAUCGCCAAGUACGCCCAGUACCAGGCCUCCUCCUUCCAGGAGUCCCUGCAGGAGGACAAGGACAGCGAGGACGAGGAGGCGGAGGAGCCCGACAGCACCACCGAGACCCCCCCCAGCAACCCCGACCAGAAAUCCCACCAGAUCAUCAAGUUCGGGACCAACAUCGACCUCUCGGACGCCAAGAGGUGGAAGCCGCAGCUGCAGGAGCUGCUGAAGCUGCCGGCCUUCAUGCGGGUCUCGUCCACGGGGAACAUGCUGAGCCACGUGGGUCACACCAUCCUGGGCAUGAACACCGUCCAGCUCUACAUGAAGGUGCCCGGCAGCCGCACGCCCGGCCACCAGGAGAACAACAACUUCUGCUCCGUCAACAUCAACAUCGGCCCCGGGGACUGCGAGUGGUUCGCGGUGCACGAGCAUUACUGGGAGACCAUCUCCGCCUUCUGCGACAAGCACGGCGUGGACUACCUGACGGGCUCGUGGUGGCCCAUCCUGGAGGACCUGUAUCGCUCCAACAUCCCCGUCUACCGCUUCGUCCAGCGCCCCGGGGACCUGGUGUGGAUCAACGCCGGCACCGUCCACUGGGUGCAGGCCACCGGCUGGUGCAACAACAUCGCCUGGAACGUCGGGCCCCUCACCGCCUACCAGUACCAGCUGGCCCUGGAGCGCUACGAGUGGAACGAGGUGAAGAACGUCAAGUCCAUCGUCCCCAUGAUCCACGUCUCCUGGAACGUCGCCCGCACCGUCAAGAUCAGCGACCCCGACCUCUACAAGAUGAUCAAGUACUGCCUGAUGCAGUCCAUCAAGCACUGCCAGGUGCAGCGCGAGAGCCUGGUCCGUGCUGGCAAGAAGAUCGCCUACCAGGGCCGCGUGAAGGACGAGCCGGCCUACUACUGCAACGAGUGCGACGUGGAGGUCUUCAACAUCCUCUUCGUGACGAGCGAGACGGGGGGACGCAACACGUACCUGGUGCACUGCGAGGGCUGCGCCCGGCGCCGCAGCGGGGCCCUGCACGGCGUCGUGGUCCUGGAGCAGUACAAGACCGAGGAGCUGAUGCAGAUCUACGACGGCUUCACCCUGGUGGCGUCACCCGGCUCCAGAUGAGCCCAGCCCGGCCCAGGGGGAUCCUGGGCCCCCCCCGCCCCCCCCGCGGGGACGUGGGGACACGCGGGGACACCGGGGGGGGGGUGGUGGUGGGGGGGGGGUGUCACACA